AUGGCCAAGAGGAGAGUGUGGGUAUGGACCCCAGACGGAUACGAAUCAGGCGAUGAAAGUUUCCCCGUCGUGUAUUGUCAGGACGGGCAAAACAAGAUGGACAAGAACACAAGCUGGCUGCAGGCAGACUGGCAGCUGGGAAGAGCUGCUUCCAUUCUCCAGGAUGAAGGGGUGAUUGUUCCAACAAUCUUCGUGCUCAUAGAGAACGCCGGUGGUUUGCGGUUCAUUGAGUACGCUGACAGCAUGCUUGGAAAUGCUUAUGUGAACUGGAUGUGUGAUACACUGAAACCAUACGUGGAUGAUCGAUUCAGAACCUCGAAGAGACCUGAAUCCACCUUUGCGAUGGGGAGCAGCAUGGGGGCAUCCAUCUCGUUUCUUGCAGCAUACCAGCGACCAGACGUUUUCGGAGGGGCAUGUUGCAUAUCUCCUGCCUUUCAGACAAACACGAUUGCUUCAGUGUUGUUUGACUUUGAAGGGUUCGCUUCGAACAAGUACGAAAAGAUGAAAAUUUACAUUGACAACGGUGGCUCCACGAAGGAGAAGGAGGUUCCGUUCUUCGAUCCAAGAGAUGGGCUUCAACGAGCAGGUUACUGGUGGCUUGACACUCAGCUGCAACCGAGCAUAGACGCCAUGCUCUUUGCCUUGGAAAGCCGAGGGUUGACGAGAGCUUCCGGCCGACUCAAGUACAUCAAAUUUCCAGGCGCUCGCCACAAUGAAAACGCAUGGAGGAGGAGGGUUCGCGAGCCCUUGACAUUUAUUCUCUCACAGUCAGAGGGAAUGAGAUAA